AUGGCGGCAGCACUGGGCGUGCUCGCCCCCACUGACGUGGUCGUCAUUGACGACAGCAGCGAUGAGAUAGAGGACGACCAGGCCAGCCCCAUCGUAGUCUCAUCAUCAGAUAGCGAGGGCGACGACGAAAUAGAGGGGUCCGAAGCAGACGGCGACGGCGGCGGCGGCGGUGGCGGGAGGGUGGCCGGGCCGGCCAAGGCUGCGGUGCCGCUGCCAGCCCGGGGCGCGGCGCCGGCCGCGAGCGUGGGCGCACUCACGCACGUGUCUGACAGCCUGGGCAAGGGCACCGCGAUGCUGACUCACGUGUCAGACAGCCUUGCGGGCGGCAGCAGGCGCAGCGGCGGCGGCGGCGGCGGCGGCGCCGUGGAGGGCGCGACGGCGCAGUCACCCGGGCCGGCGGGCGCUGUGCGGGGCGGAGGGGCGGCGGGGCACGAGAGGGCUGCCGCUGCCGCCCCUGUUGAGCUUAGUGAUGAGCAGGCGGCGGUGGCGUGUGCGGUGCUGCAGGACCGGCAGAACGUGUUUUUCACAGGCAACGCCGGCACGGGCAAGUCGUUCCUGCUGUCUCACAUCGUCGGGCAGCUGCGGUCAGAGUUCGGCCUGCUCUUCUCCACGCGCGUCGCGGUCACGGCGGCCACGGGCAUCGCAGCAACGCACAUCGCUGGCCAGACGCUGCACAGCGCCAUGGGGUGCGGGCUCAUCAACUCGUACCGCGACUGGGGGCGCAUGUUUGAGCGCAAGAACGCGCAGCGGAUACGAGACCUCGACACGCUAGUCCUGGACGAAAUCUCGAUGGUGUCUGCAGAGUUUCUCAACGAGCUGGAGGCCACCCUCAGGGCGCUGCGCAACAACGCCCGCCCCUGGGGCGGCCUCCGGCUGGUCUUCUGCGGCGACUUCAGCCAGCUGCCGCCAAUCGAGAACAAGACGCGCGCGGGGCAGCCGCUGGCGCCGGAGGCCUUUUUGAACCGCGGCAUGGCCUUUCAGGUGGGGCCACGCGCACUCUAG